GCAGAGCGGGCUCCGCCAUCGCCAUGGCCACGGCCCCGGCGACGGCGAGCGGCGCGGGACACGGCGGCUCCAGGAGCAUCCUUUGGCGCGUUUUGGGCUGGAGGAUAGUGACGAGUGUUGUGUGGUCAGUGACGCUUCUGCCCAUCUGCACUGCGGUGUUCACAGUCUUCAGCAGGAUCGACCUGCUUCAUCCUAUACAAUGGCUGUCAGGUUCUGUCAACCACCUGUACAGUCGCCAUGCGAUUGUCUGUCUCCUGCUGCUGUCCGUGGUCAUAGUGAUAAUCAGCAUUUUCAAUGUGGAGUUUUAUGCAGUUGUACCCUCCAUACCUGGCUCCAGACUGGCCCUGAUAGGAAGGGCCCUCCGCCCUCAGCAGCUCCUGCACUCGGCCGUGCACGCGGCCAUGGGAGCGGUGACGGCGUGGUGUGCGGCCGUCCUCGCCCAGGGCCCCUUCAGCUCUCUCACCGUUCCCUGCGCUGGCGCCGAGAGCUCGGACAGCCCCGCCGAAGAGCGCUGCCUGAAUGAGGGUCACCUCUUCUUCCUCCUGGCUGGAGCGUUCACGGGCCACAGCUACAGCCUCCUGUACUUCGCCAACAACAUGAACUACCUCCCGUUUCCCAUCGUGCAGCAAUACAAAUUCCUGCGUUUCAGGAGAUCUCUCCUCUUACUAGUUAAACAUAGCUGUGUGGAGUCACUGUUCCUGCUUAGAAAUUUCUGCAUUGUCUAUUAUUUCCUUGGCCAUAUUCCCAAAGCUUGGAUCCGCGGCGCUCUGGAUCUUCCCGUAGAUGAGCGCAUGCCCCGGCCUCUCGACACAGUGGGCGGCCUCUUGAGCUUCUCGCUGCUCUACCACGUCUGGCUCUGCGGGGUCUUCCUCCUGGUGAUGUGGCACAUCUCGUGGGCACUCUUCAAAAUCUAUGCCACGGAGGCUCACGUGUUCCCUGUUCAUCCACCAUUUGCAGAGGAAUCAGAUGAAUGUCUCCCGAAGGUCUUGAAUACCAAUCCCCCCCUUAUCAUAAAGUAUUUAGCCUUGCAGGACCUGAUGUUACUUUCCAAGUAUUCUCCUUCUCGAAGACAAGAAGUUUUCAGCCUCAGCCAACCAGGUGGACACCCCCACAACUGGACUGCCAUCUCGAGGGAGUGUCUGACUCUUUUAAGUGAUAUGACUCAGAAACUGAUUCUCCACCAGGAAGCUGCUGCUUCAAACGGGAGAGUGCCGUCUUCAUUCCCCGCGGGCCCCAAGAAGCUCAGUUCCACAGAAGAGACCGCUUUUCACACACCCAAAUCCAGCCAGGUGCUUCGGCCUUCCAUGCCCCCCUUAGUGAAAACAUCGCUGUUCUCUUCAACACUGCCCACGCCGGAUGUUUCAAGUCCCCGCUCGGCCCCGUUUGGCUCCGCUGUGGGGAAUCGCAUGGCUGGAAUACUGGACGCCAGCCCCUGCUACGGGUCUCCCCGCAGUCCCCAGCUCACCAGGAGAGGGCCGCGGCUCUGGACUUCUGCGUCUGUAGAUCAGGAAGCACCUGAGUUUUCUAACCCAUUUCCUUACACCCCUGUUACUGCUGAGGGUAAGACAGUGAGACCGCCCAACGUGAUCUACUUGUGGAUUCAGAAUAAGCGUGAGCAGAUUAAGAACUUCUUGUCAAAACGGGUGCUGAUAAUGUAUUUUUUCAGUAAGCACCCAGAGGCCUCCAUUCAGGCUGUUUUUUCAGAUGCCCAGAUGCAUAUCUGGGCCUUAGAAGGUCUGUCUCACCUGGUGGCGGCAUCAUUCACGGAAGAUCGAUUUGGAGUUGUCCAGACCUCACUUCCCGCUGUGCUGCACACCUUGUUGACACUGCAGGAGGCAGUCGACAAGUACUUCAAGCUUCCUCACGCUUCGAGUAAACCACCCCGGACCUCAGGAAGCCUUGUGGACACUUCCUAUAGGACAUUAAGAUUUGCGUUCAGAGCCUCACUGAAAACCGCCAUCUACCGAAUCACUACUACAUUUGGCGAACAUCUGAAUGCCGUGCAAGCAUCUGCAGAGCAUCACAAAAGACUUCAGCAGUUCCUGGAGUUCAAAGAAUAGCUAAGUAAUGUAAACUGCGUUCCCUGCUCUGCUGAUACAAGUACAGAUGGGCCAGUCAUGUUCAGCAUUCCUGGAUCAGAAGAAAACGGACUAAUUAGAAGCUUCCUUUGUCGUGGUGGUUGCUUUGAAAACUAUACUUUAAUGGGAGAAAUCAUGGAAAGAAAUUCUCAACAGAAUAACCAAAAACUGCCUUUUCUGUACUGAAUACAUUUUGUGUGUGUGUGUGUGUGUGUGUGUGGUAUAAUAAAAUCUUUAUUCCAUCUAACAGGAGCAUCUGUGAUGGCAGAACUGUCUCUUGGUCAUAUAACUUUAUAACUGCUUAGAAUUUUUCUAGAAUUUACUUUCGCGAAGAGUGGAGCCAGUUUCCAAGUUUAAACAGGGUCACUUGAUACAAGCCCAUCCUAACUGGUCAAAGGGUUUAGUCCGCUCUGAACUCAAAAUAUGUUUCACUCUCUCUGUGAUUAGUUUGUUUUUGUUUGCUGAAGAAUAAAAAUGGUAACUUUUGAGAAAAAUUCACAGUAAAAAUAUUGUCAUCUGGG